AUGUCAAAAGCUCCAGAUGAUCAGUUGCAAGCAACAGAGCAGGAAGGAAGUGUCCAUCCAAGUCAACAAGUAGGGCAACAACAUGUGAAUACAGCAGAUCAGUUCUCCAAAACAGAAAUAACUGAAGGUUCAAAAAAUGAACAACCUGUCCAAGUAGAGCAACAGAAUUCCCACCUACAACAAGCACGUCCAGAAAUUCAACUACAACAGGCUGAAACCAAUAGCUUCCAGUUAGCUGAAAAAGAAACAGGGUGUUUUGGUCAACAGAGUUUUGCAGGCACCAAGGUGGAUGUUACCCAGCCUUCAGUAGUUCAGCAGAAUGUAAAGCAAACUGUUGGUCAACAAGCAUCAUCUGGUGCCCAGGAUACAAGGAAAGGACCAUCGAUACCAUUUAAUAUGUUAAUUCCGAUCCUACAGGCACAUCUUGACAGAGACAAAGAUAUGCAGCUUCAAGUUGUAUGGGCAAAACUUAGGCGUAAUGAAGUCCACAAAGAUGAUUUCUUAAGAGUUAUCAGGAAUAUUGUUGGGGAUCAAAUGCUCAAGCAGGCAGCUCAUAAAGUUUUUGUUCAGAUGCAAGCACAGGCGCAAAGAAAUAGCCAGGCAAAUCCAAGUCAGCAGUCUUUAUUCUCUCAAGUUUCUUCACAGCAGAUGCCUUCCAGUGGUUCAGCACAGUUACAUGAUCAGAAACUUCGGCCACCUGGACCACCCAACCAAGGUCACAAAAACCAGGUGUCAUCUUCACCUCAGGCUUUUGCACCACCAUCAGGCACUCAAGCGCAGAAUAGUGUACACUAUCUUGCUCAUGAUAACCCGAACCAAAACCCUGACGCAAAGGGAACAAAUGCUGUACCAAAUCAACCACCUAGAAUGAACACAGCAGUUCCAUUGCAAGCAAAGAACAAACAACAUCAACCAACACAGUUGCAGCAGGCCUCACAGCAAAUAUAUGGAGCAAGUAAUCCCGGUGCCCAGGCUUACCCUCGGUCAAUCACUGGUUCUCUUAGAUCACCGAGUCCUGUUCCAGAAUCACAGCCAUCCAUGCAUGCUCCUGGAAUGGCUCCUGCAAAAAUCGUCCCUCCUCCUACUCAUCCAAUGAUGCAGCACAAUGCAGUUGCAUGGCAAAUGCAUCAAAACAAGGAAUUGAAAACUAAUGCUCCCCCUCCAAAUGCUAAUGUGAAGCAAAAUUCUGAAUCUGUUGGCAAAGCACGCAUAGCUGGCACAGGAAGUUCUUCUGCUAAAGGAAAGCAGGGAACUCCUAACUCUACACCCAAUGCUAGUGGAGGUGCAAAGAGUAGCAAGAAAUCGGGUGGGCAGAAGAAAUCAUUGGAAGCAGCAGGCUCUACGCAACCUUCAAGCAAAAAGCAGAAGACGUCUGGAGCCUUCCAGGAACAAAGCAUCGAUCAACUUAAUGAUGUCACAGCCGUUAGUGGUGUUAAUAUCAGGGAAGAGGAAGAACAAUUACUGUCUGCCCCUAUGGAAGAGAGCCUUGCCUCACAAGAAGCACGAAGAAUUGCACAGGAAGAAGAAGAAAAUUUUUUCCUAAGGAAGGGUCCACUCCUGAAGAAACUAGCAGAAAUCGCUCGGAAAUGCAAUCUGAAGAAUAUUAGUGGCGAUGUGGAACACUGUUUAUCAAUGUGUGUGGAGGAGCGUUUGCGAAGACUCAUAAGUACUCUCAUACGAGUCUCAAAACAGAGAAUCGAUACUGAAAAGACCGGGCAUCGACUAGUUAUUACUUCAGAUGUUGGUCGUCAAAUUUUACAGAUGAACCAGAAAGCUAAGGAAGAAUGGGAUAAAAAACAAGCAGAAGAAGCUGACAAGAACAAGAAACAAACUGAGGCUGAUGGCAGUGGUGCUACAGAAUUGGAAAAAGAAAAAGAGGAAGGUCGCCCAAAGAAUGUCAAGCCCAACAAGGAAGAAGAUGAUAAAAUGAGAACGAAUGCUGCGAAUGUUGCUGCUCGGCAAGCAGUUGGAGGAAGCGAUAUGCUCUCAAAGUGGCAGUUGAUGGCUGAGCAAGCCAGGCAGAAGCGAGAAGGCCUUGAUGUGUCUGCUGCUUCACAGCCAGGCAGAGGACCAGGUUCCAGGCCAUUAUCCAAAUUUGGAAAAGGUCCUGGCGAACACCAGGAAGGUUCAAAGAGGAGCCAUUCGGUGGCAUUCGGAACUGGAGGCAUGAAUAGACCAGGCAGGACACCCUAUGCUGGUCCACAACGAAUGAUCUCCGUGAAGGAUGUCAUCUGUGCCCUUGAGAGGGAGCCUCAGAUGACAAAAUCACGGCUCAUCUACCGGCUGCACGAGCGGUUGCCUGUAGAUUCUACCGUAGAUUAG